AUGGGGGACAUAGUAAAUGACGAGGAAUUUACUAUUCGUCUCAUGGGUGAUCCAUUCAAGAGGUUGAUUGACGUUGAUGGCUACAAGAGGCUUUUCAGCAAGAUGGAAAGCAACGGACGGAGACCUGGUGACUUUGUGACUGUCUACCUCGAGCUCUGGUACGAAGGAGAGGAGCACAUCCUAGGGUUGGACGUACCUCAUGAAGCGUUCGAAACUGCGCGAGGAAAGCCAUCACCCUUUGAACCUCUUCCGCGGAGCGAGUUUUUUGAAGUGGAACGCGUCCGCGCGGAAGGACAUGAUAUGCCUCCUGAAUUCUACAUAUUACGGUACCUCUAUCUUUAUCGAUUGGAAGGGCAGACCUAA